UCGUUCUACUCAUUUCAUGUGAAUUGUUUAACAUGGCACCAUCAUCAAUCAAAGACCUACAACAUCGUGGAAUUUGGACAAAUGUUUGGGAUAUUUCAGCGGACGUGAAUAGCCACUUUUUCGAUCGCUACACCAACCCACCCUGUGUUGUAAUUGAUUUACGGUGCAAUAAAACUAAAUUUUUCUUAGGAGAGAUGUCCAAACGCGUACUUUUCCACCAACAACAAAAGUGGCUCAUGUGGAGUGAAAGUCGGCAAGAGGCUUUCGAUUACUUAAACGAUGAAAAUAUCAAUUUUGACGCUGAGAUUAUUGUGGCAAUUCCGUCGGGACAAGGUUUCUAUGGCAUUUAUGAAGCCUACAAUCCAUCGUAUCGCAGAGGUGGACGACUUAAUAUUACAGAGAUGGGUCAAUGGAAUGAGGCUAUGGGCUGGAAUGUAAUGAUGAACCAGACGAAAAUUGAACGAAGACGCAAUCUAAAUGGACUCGCAUUCCCAACCGUUGUAACGCUGGCAAACAUUCCGAAAAGUUUGACUUUCUUGGAACACCUUCAGUCCAACGAGUUUGUCCAUCUGGACAGUAUUAGUAGGUAUAUGUAUCGUCUGUUCCUUUUGAUGAUGGAAAUGUAUAACUUUAAGGUCAAUUUGAAAUUGACCAAUUUGUGGGGACUUAAAGACGAUCAAGGUUAUUGGCAUGGGGCAGUCGGUGCGCUAAAUCGUAGUCAAGUUGAUUUUUGUGUAACUGGACUACGUUGGGCAAAUGAACGAUAUGGAGUCUACGAACAGACAACUGCGGCAUAUCAUGAACAAUUUUUGUUUAUGUUUCGCCAUCCGAAAAUUCAAUCGACGAACGUUUUUCUGUCUCCCUUUGAACUAGCCGUGUGGUUGACUAUUUUCGCAUUGGGCUUUUGCAGUGCAUUUGUGGUUCGUCAAAUAUUUUAUAUUGAAAAUCAGGAGACCUUAAGAGGAGGAUCCAUAAAAAAUGGCGACAUUAAUGACGAUUCGUACAGUAAUUCCAUUCUGAUGAUUUUCGCAUUUAUAUUUCAACAAGGAUAUGACGCAAAGCCGUCGUUGAUAUCGUCACGCAUAGUAAUUACGACAAUGCUACUUUUCUCCGUACUAAUCUACCAAUUCUAUUCGUCCUUCAUCGUCGGAUCGCUGCUGACGGAAGCACCGAAAAAUAUCAAGACCGUCAAACAAUUGCUAAACAGCCAUUUCGAUUUCGGUGUCGAUAUCGUGCCCUACGUACUUGACAAUUUUCGUUCUGCCACUGAAGAGUCGACGAUUGAGCUGUACAACAAAAUCAUGCAAAAUCCUGGCAAAGCACUGAUGCCACUAGAAACGGGACUUAGUUUGCUGAAAAGGGGUGGAUUUGUCUUUAACACAGAUGGAAGCUAUGCCUAUCACGUUCUGAAAGACAUGCUGACUGAUUCGGAAAAGUGUGACUUGCAAGACAUUGUUUAUCUUCCGAAGCAACCGGUUGGUCUUGCAGUUACCAAUAAGUCUCCUUUCAGGGAGCUCGUUAAAAUCAGCAUUCACAAAUUUAGUGAAACUGGAGUUUUGUCGUACAAUCAAAAAACUUGGUACGGCGUUCGUCCGAAAUGUGAGGUUAAUCAACUUUUUGUCGCUCCUAUUGACAUCAGUCACUUCUCUUCUGCGUUGUACAUCUUACUGGCUGGAAUAUUCACUAGUACCAUUAUUCUUGUGAUUGAGGUCAUGGUCAAUCGUAAAAGAAAAUGUGAAAUGGCCGCAAAUGAUGGAACUUACUAAAGCAAAGG